AUGUCAGCCGGAACAAAGACACCCGAUUCAGCGGCAAUCAUCCUCAGCCAUGCCACGCCAACGGGCGAGUCCGCUCCCUCCAGCGACAGCAACAACAACAACGACAACCGCAACAACGCCCCGCCGCCCAAGCCCUACUCAACCUUCCCCGCUUCCACCCGCACCUACCUGACCUAUCUCCUCGGCUUCACCAUCACCCUCUCCACCCUGACCGCCACCAUCUACUUCCCGCUCAUCUCCCUGCUGAGCAUCCAAUUCGCGACCUCGACGCAGCUGAUCAACCUCACCGUGACGGCCUACGCCGUGGCCCAGGCGCUCGCCCCAGCGCUGUUCGCCUCACUGGCCGACCGCCUGGGCCGCCGGCCCGUGCUGCUGGGCCUCGUCGCCCUCUACGCGGCCGCCAGCCUCGGCCUGGCCCUGCUCGCGCUGAACCUCCGCUGUGCACAGCAGCAGCAGCAGCAGCAGCAGCAGCCACCGCCGCCCGCCGGCAGCGCCUACGCCGCGCUCGUGGCCCUGCGCGUGCUGCUGGCGGGGUUUACGCUCCCCGAGACCGCGAGGGCGGUGGUGGGGAAUGGGGAGGUCGUUGUGGGAGGGGUCUGGAGCACUUGGUGGGCUUGCGGGCGCCGGCUGUGGAAGAGGCAGCGGCUGGGCGAGGAGAAGAAGAAGGGGGGACCAGCGGUGCAGCGGAGCGACGCGGAAGCGAAACCGAGAUGGAACUUCAGGGACGCGAUCGCGCCGUUCCGGAUCAUCCUCCACCGAGACGCCUCCGCGGCCCUGUGGAUGGUGGCGUCGUCGUAUUCCAUCUACUACACCUUCCAGGUAGCCAUCCCCGUCAUCUUCGACGAGGUCUAUGGCUACAACAACCUCGAGAUCGGGCUUGUGUUUCUGCCAGGUCUCGCGGGCAUGACCAUCGGCGGCAUUGUAGCCGGAAAACUGAUCGACCGGAACUACGCCGUCACCGCCAGGAAGCAUGGCUUCGAGCCGCAGGAUAAGGGAAAGCACGAUUUGUUCGAGUUCCCGAUCGAGGAAGCCAGGUACCGGCAUUGCCUCGCCUUCAUUUUGCUCGAGGUACUCGUUGUCAUCGGCUACGGCUGGGCGGUCUGGGCCCGCGUCCACCCUGCCGUCCCUAUCGUCUUGCAGUUCUUCGCCUGCGCCCUGUCGACUUUACUAAACCAUACGGCGAGUGCUUUGCUCGUCGACAUAUUCCCAAAUGCCUCAAGCUCAGCAUAUGCCUCUGGGCAGCUCAUGAGAUGCGGGCUAAGCGCCGCUUCAGCCGCCGUUCUUCAGCCCCUGUUGGACGCCGUGGGACGCGGUUGGUAUUUCACCAUGUUUUCACUAUUUACAGGCAUCUCUUGCGCCCUGUCAGUUGUUGUUAGCCGGCGGAAGGGACCGGACUGGCGGCGGAGGCGGCUCACAAGAAGCCGUUGA